AUGGCUCAACAGCCGGCACAGAAUGUUAUGCGAAGGAAAUUGGUCAUAAUUGGAGAUGGUGCUUGCGGAAAAACGUCAUUACUUAGUGUAUUCACACUUGGUUAUUUUCCGACAGUACCAACAGUUUUCGAAAAUUAUGUGACGGAUUGCAGAGUUGAUGGAAAAUCUGUACAAUUGGCAUUAUGGGAUACAGCAGGACAAGAAGACUACGAGAGAUUGCGCCCUCUGGCAUAUUCGAAAGCCCACGUUAUUUUAAUAGGAUUUUCAAUCGACACUCCGGAUUCUUUAGAUAACGUCAAACACAAAUGGGUCGAAGAAGCAAACGAGCGGUGUCCAGGGGUCCCGAUAAUACUUGUUGGGCUGAAGAAGGACUUACGAGAGGACCCGGUGGCCAGAGAGGAAAUGCGAAAGAAGUCUCUUGAAUUUGUGGGAACGAAAGAAGCAGAUGAUAUUGCAAAGGCCAUCGGCGCAAGGAAAUACUUGGAGUGCUCAUCGUUGACCGGCGACGGAGUGGAUGAUGUCUUCGAAGCAGCCACCAGAGCCGCACUUUUGACGUUCGAAAAAGGGGAAAGUAAUGGAUGUUGUGUUAUACUAUAA